AUGGAAGAAUGCAUGUUUGGGCAAUUCGUGGGUGCAGCGCAGCGUUUGAGUAUCUCCAUCACUACCAGGACUUUGGCUCUGACCGAAUCACCGUGGCCUCGAGAUCGUUCGCAGCUCUCGAGUAGCGUCGAAUCCUCAAUUGCUGAGGAUGGUAGACGCGUCCGUCCUGAGCCGGUGGCCAUCUCCAUCGUCAAAGGCAUCGACAAGGCUACCAAGAUCAAGCCUACUGCCGAGAGCUGUGCUCUAAAGCCUUUUGAAGUUCCUGUUUGCGACUUGUUUCCUCAACCAUCGCAGACUGGACCUACCAGGGCCGCUCUCAACCGCCAUCAUAGUAUUCGAAAAAAGGCAACGGCGAAGUUUACUCCCAGCGACUGCUGCUCUUCUAGUGAGCUGUCUGAGUCAGAUCUGGUGCCUCCUUCCGGUCCAUACAUUUUCCAAAUGGACGGCUUCUCUGGACCCGCCUCUACCGACAACAGUAUGCACUGCGAUAAGUUCAACUCCAAAAAGUCGAAACAAGCAAUUAGAUUCACCAGUCGUAGCCGCCAAGCCGAGCUCGAGGCCAGCAAAGCCAUCCACUUGGAUACUGGCGAAGACUGCGUUGAUGAGAGCGCCAUUGACGAUGAAGACGCUUCCGAAUGGGAAGACUACACGGAGGAAAUUGGCAAAACAAACGUUGAUGAGAAGUUUUUCAGACGCAUUGAGUUCAAAGCUAACCUGGCGGUUUGCAAACCUUCGCUUGUGUCCCUUGUCCAUGCUGAGCGCUGGAACGAAUCUAGCUACCAAACAUCUCGCCCUGCCUCUGCUAGUUUGUCUUCAUGCCUUGAGCCUAGCUUACCAACUCAGGACGCCUCCUUUGGGCCCUAUUUGAAGAAGAGCGAAGACAUCAACACGAGCAGCUGUGAUCAACAUUGGUAUACGUGCGCGUUUGAUAGAUAUCAUACCACCGGCUGGUGA